UGAACAGAAGCAGUAGGGCGGAGAGGUAUCACUGGGUACAUGAACAAAGUGAGAUGGCACACAAGGGUAAUUAUACACCAGCUAAGUAUGAGGAGUCGGAGUUGACUACGGUCACUACACACCUCGGAGAACAAAGGAAGAUGUUAAAGCAUGAAGGCAUCAACUUUGAUGUGAACUUGAUGAACUCCGGAUUCAUCCCCGAUGUCCGUGAAAACUUGAAGAAGAUGAAAGAUAUGGAAUGCAGAGAUGAUGACGUUUUUAUUUGUGCGGCCAUGAAAGCAGGAACACACUGGGUGUGGGAAAUGACAACCAUGCUUCUGAAGGGAAAAGCUGAAUACGAACACGUAUCUAAGGAGACACGAAUGCUGGAAUUUCAUUGGCCAGAAGAGUUUGACGAUCUACCAUCCCCUAGAGCACUCAACACACAUUAUUAUCUAAGGCUUCUUCCUGAACAGCUUCAAAAUGGCUCCAAGGGACGAAUCAUCUUUAUCACAAGGAAUCCUAAAGAUAGUGUUGUUUCCAAUUUCCACCACAGAAGAAGCAUGACUAUAGGACAAUUUAAGCAUUCCUUCAGCGAUUUUCUACAGAUGUACCUUGAUGAUGUUUUUACAGUCAACUGGUUCAGAUAUACGAACGAAUGGAACGAAAUAAUAGCAAACAACCAAACAUUACAAAUUCAUCUGAUGUACUAUGAAGAUAUUAAAAAGGAUCCUAUAGGAGAGACUCGACGUUUGGCAGACUUCCUUAAGGUAGACUAUGACGAAAAGCUGAUCAAAGAAGUGAGCCAUAACUGUAAUUUCCAAAAUCUGAAGAAAGCAAACAAAGAGGUUAAGGCUGCCAAAUCCGGAAAUCCUAAUCCAGAAAUGGAUGAUUUUCAAAACAUGUACAGGAAAGGUGAAGUUGGAGACUGGAAGAACUGGUUCACAGUCGCUGACAAUGAGAAAUUUGAUGCUGCUCUUGCUGAACAGAUGAAAGGAUUAAAGUUUGAAUACACAUACAGUUUACCAUAACCCGCAAUGAUUAUUUUGAGUCUAAAUUGUAUUUUUUUAGAUACGUUGUGCCAUUGAGAACACAUGAUCAUUUUGUAAGGUUGACGAGUAGAGGAUUACAGAAUACAUUCUAAAUUUGCAGAGCGGAUUCAAUGUAUACUUGACUUUGGGAAUAGCUGCAUAGAGGGGUGGGAGAGGGAGUAUGUAAAUGUGAGAGUUUGUUACUAUAGAUAAAUACCUUAAGUUAAUAGUGCAUGUAGACGAUUGUAUUUCAUAAUUACAUAUAGUGAUAUGAAAUAUGGAUUCCCUACGUGUAAAUCAAUACUUCUACACCUAGUUGCGCUUAUUGAGCAAUAAAUGCGAUUAAAAUCAAAAUCGUGUUUUCUCUCAAUGUGUAACGUUAUCCUAUCAGAAGAAACAAUCGCUCAUUAUAUCCAGACUGCUUUAAAAUAAAGAUAUGAACAACUUCCGUGUGGCAAUAUUGUUUUAACUGUGUGCUUUUUACCCUUGGGGAGCACCUGUGUAUAUCAUCUUGUCCUGUUCAUUGGAAUACGUGUAUUUAUUUUUUGUUUAACGAUUUAGCCUAUUUUCUGUUUUUUAGAGUUAAAAUUUUUACUAAAUUACUAAACAGGUUUUGUGUUUGCUUCCAUUUUGUAGGAUAUUAGUUUGUGUUUUGAGGUGUGAAGAGAAUUGAAAUUAAAGUGCAUAGAGACGGUAAAAAGGUAGACCUUGGUCAACUAGAGCUUAAAAUAACAAAUAAAAAGAAUUGUAUUGACUCGGCUACUUUGUUACGAAAGCUUAUUUAAAAACACCCGUGUAUGUUGUAGACAACAAGGAAGUUUUGUAUGGUUGACAUGAUUAGGUUAUAAAUUGUGAGGACUUCUAUGUUUGGUGACAGUUUUAGAAAGUAUAUUUAUUUUAUUAUUGUUGUAAAAAGGUGAAACUAUCUAUUGCUAAAUUAUGAAUAAUAGACAUUGACAUUAUUAAGGUAUUAUAGAAAUUACUUUCUCAGA